AUGGCACAAGGUAUUAUUGAAAACCACCUCUCCAAGAGGAGUGCAUUACUCGAGCAGGAAAAGACGAGCAGACAUGAUUACGCCUUCAAGCAGAGCAUGUCGCCGGUCGCGAAAACAGCCGCGAAAGUACUUGCAGACAUUCGCAAGAAGGAACUGAAGUCGAUCUGGAGUCCUACAACUACGAGCAAUGAGAAGCGCGAUCUUAAGGAUGUCACAUUCCCGGGAAUGUCCUUUACGCUCUCCAGGGACCGGAUGCAGAAGACUGCGCUGUGGAAGAUUGUUAGUGCCAUGCCGAAGGGUUGCCUGCUGCAUGCUCACAUGGAAGCUAUGAUUGAUAUCGACUGGAUGAUUGAGCAGGCGAUUGAACUGCCUGGGUAUUAUAUCUCGAGUCCAGUGCCGCUGUGUCCGAGAACGGGGUCUGCAGGGAAGUGGUCGGAGCCAUUUCAGUUUUCGUACCGGCCCAGACUUGGAUCUGGUGCAAAUGCGCGGAAUGGGAGUGAGCCUGAGAUCAGUAUCUGGCAGGCGGGAUAUACUCCGGGUCGACUGGUACCGGUUGCUGCCGCUGCUAAGAUGUAUCCUGGGGGAGUGGAAGCCUUUAAAGCGUGGGCUGUCUCGAGGAUGACUAUCAAUGAAGAAGAGGCUUUGGAGCAUCAUCAUGGCAUUGAUGAUGUGUGGGAUAAAUUUCGCUCAUGCUUUCUUGCCAUCGGUGGGUUGUUCUUUACGGAGCCGAUUUUUCGACGGUGUAUACCGAGGCUCUUACAGCAGCUUCACGACGACGGCAUCAAAUAUGUUGAGUUGCGUCUAGCUCCCAACCCUUUUUACCGAGAAGGUUCGAACGAGGCCGAGCCCGAUUUCUUGUACUUCUUGCAAUGCUUCCAGGAAGAAGUGGAUGCCUAUAUGUCUUCUCCGACAGGGAGGGGUUUCUGGGGCGCAAAGAUUAUCUGGACGGCCAUACGAAGUUUCCCUGAUGAUUUAAUCAAAGAGUCCAUGAUUCAUUGCUUGAAUUCAAAAAAAGCAUACCCCUCUGUCAUCACGGGCUUUGACUUUGUCGGACAGGAAGAUGCAGGCCGUCCACUGGUUGAUCUUCUCCCGCUCUGCAAAUGGUUUCAACAACAAUGCGCCGAUGAACAGCUCCAAAUACCCUUCUUCCUCCACGCCGGUGAGUGCCUAGGCGAUGGCAAUGAUACCGACAGCAAUCUGGUGGACGCCAUAUUGCUGAACUCCCGGAGAAUUGGGCACGCCUUUUCGCUAUACAAACACCCCCUCCUGAUCGACCUCGUCAAGGACAAGAACAUCCUUAUUGAGAUGUGCCCCAUAUCUCAUGAAGUACUCCGCCUAACUUCGAAUAUACUGAUGCACCCGAUGCCUGCAUUACAGGCGCGCGGUGUGGCUGUUUCGCUGAACAACGACGACCCCGCCGUCCUUGGGCACGGGAAGAAUGGGCUGAGUCAUGACUUCUACCAGGUUACAGCUGCCUUCGAGAACACAGGGCUUGCAGGGCUUGCAACGAUGGCAGAGGAUAGCAUUCGAUGGGCAGCCUUUGAGGACGAGACGGAUUCUGAGUGGCUCCAGGGAAUCGAUGGUAAAGGAAAUGGUCUGAAGGCUUCUCGGUUAGCUGAAUGGAGGACUGCAUUUGACGAAUGGUGUGCGUGGGUAGUCCAAGAGUUCGGGGCGGAAUCCCAAAUUUGA